UUUUAAAUAACAAAAAAAGUGAAAUAAAUUAAUAAAACUUAAAUAAACAAAAGUUUUAUUAAAAAAAAAAAAAAAAUCUUGUGAAAUUUUUAAUACCCUACCCAUAAUCCUUUUUCGCCGGAUACUAAAAAAAAGGAUACAAUAAAUUUUCAAAUUCCAAUACAUUGUGUUAACAAAAAAAAAAAGGGGCAAAAAAACAUAAAUACAAAUUCUUUUAUAAAAGAACUUUCGAAAUUGUUCAAAAAAAAGUAGUUAACUUUAUCUUUUUAACAUCAAAAGUUUAACUCCUUUAAACAAACUCAAAGAAGAAGAAAAAAAAAUUAAAGUUAUCAAAUUCAUAGUUAGUUGAAAAAUCGAUAGUUAUCUCUCUCUCUUUUGAAGUGACUGUCAUCCUAGAACGAAAAAUAAUGAAACAAUUUCUUUCCUAAAAAUAAUGGUGCUUUUGGGUGUACUUGAAAAGCUCUAGACCACUGUCAGACUCACCAUACAUACCAGUUGAUGAAACAUCAAAAUUUUCCACCCUUUCAUAGGACAAACUAAUCGUGUCUGGAUUUAGUUCAAAGAAAGAAAACUUAAAGUCCCACAUGAGAAUAUAAAUUUUGUUGUCGGAAUAAGUUACCAGUGCGAUACAAAUAAAAAAAAAGAGUUACAGUGUGAUGCAUCUGCAUUUUGAACGUAACGUUACUACAAAAUGCGAUUGCACAAUUUUGUCCUUGUCAUGGAUGGGAAAAGUACCUGAUGACAUACCGGAGGACGAAGGAUGGAAACUAAACAGAACAAACUACUACCAAGAAGGUUGGCUUGCAACAGGAAAUAUACGCGGCAUUGUUGGCGUAACAUUCACAACAUCUCACUGCAGAAAAAAUGUCGAAUAUCCAUUGCGAACCAAUUACAAUCUUCGAGGACAUAGAUCAGAUGUUAUCUUAGUUAAAUGGAAUGAACCCUAUCAAAAGUUAGCAUCAUGCGACAGCUCUGGAAUAAUAUUUGUUUGGAUCAAGUAUGAAGGUCGAUGGUCAAUUGAGUUGAUCAAUGACCGUAAUACUCCGGUCACACAUUUUUCCUGGUCACACGAUGGACGGAUGGCUUUGAUUUGCUAUCAAGAUGGUUUCGUCUUGGUUGGAUCGGUUGCAGGACAAAGAUACUGGUCCUCGAUGUUGAAUUUAGAAUCAACAAUAACUUGUGGGAUAUGGACACCCGAUGAUCAGCAAGUUUAUUUCGGAACAACACAAGGCCAGAUUAUAGUGAUGGACGUUCAUGGCGCAAUGGUGUCACAAGUUCAAUUGUGCAAUGAUGUUGGAAUCACUGCAAUGUCAUGGUCUUGUGAAAAAUUCAAAAUGGAGGAAGGCGAAGAAGCUGAACCAGGUGUUGUGAAUGCUUCUAAACGAACCUUCGUUUUAGCAGUAAGCUUUCAAAAUGGCUACAUUUACUUGCUAAAGUCUUUCGAUGAUGUUUCACCAGCUCAUAUCAAUACCGGUUUAAAUGGUUCCCUAGGCUUGGUCAUGGAAUGGAGUAAUUCCCGUGAAUUACUUGCAGUAGCCGGUACACAAAAUUCCGAACACACAACAGUCGACACUCAGGGCUCACCGAUUUUUAUAAAUAUUUUGAAAUUUUAUACCGAAAGUGGAAAUCUUUUAUACACGACGCGAAUACCAAAUACCACAACAGCAGUUUCGGCACUAACUUGGGGUCACAAUGAUAAACGGCUAUUUAUAGCAACUGGGACACAAGUCCAUAUUGCUUGGGUAUCGCGGAGAGUUGCAUCUUUGCAAUUAUUGUGCCGAUUACAAAUUCAAGCGAGCAUUGGUACUGAAUUGACAUUGCCACUAUUGCCUUUGCCAUCGAGGAUUAAAUCUUUGAUUGGGAAUCUCUUUGCUCAAACUAUACGGUGCUGUGUACCUGAUCUGAAAUGUUUAAGAGAAUUCGUGGCCCGGCCACCGAUUUGUUCAACAAGGUUGCACUGUACAAUGAUUAGGCACGAUGAUGAUUCUAACUUAAGUUCGGGGAACUGCUACACAUUAUAUCUGGAGUAUCUGGGAGGACUUGUGCCUUUGUUAAAAGGAAAGAGAACUUCAAAAAUUCGACCUGAAUUUGUCAUUUUUGAUCCACAAAUAGAGGAUUCUUCAAUAUAUUCGCACUAUUCUUCGGAUACAAAAAGCUCCUCUGGGUCUGGGUCUCAUCAAUCAGGAACAGGUUUUAGUGGCCGAACUGAUUCAUCUGACAGUGAAUAUGAAGAGCGCUUUAGAGGCUCUCCCCGGACGCCAAGAAAACGGAAAACACGAUCAAAAAAACGGAAUAUUAAUGCAGCUGAAACAAGAGUUAAUGGAGUUGAAUCGGAGAACUUAGAUGAAUUGGCAUAUAUCGAUACCCUCCCUGAGGAAGUUAAGUUGGUGGAAGUAACUUCAAACAUUUGGGGAACGAAAUUUAAAAUCCAUGGACUUGCGAAAACCGUCCCAGCCAAUUUAGGCCAAGUAACAUACAAAACGUCCUUACUUCACCUCCAACCACGUCAAAUGACUUUGGUUAUAACUGAGCUCCGUGAUGACUAUCCACCUGGUCCAGAUCCAACAUUCAAUCCAAAUGUAUUCUCCGAGGAUGAAGACGAUUCAGCUCCAAUCGACCCCAACACCGAUGACAAAAGCGAGACAAAAUUUGUCGGACCUCGCCGUUUAAAUGACAAUUCACCUCCAAUUGCCCCAAUGACCCCGCGUCCAAAUCGAAUAGUAACCAAACGUAGAAAUUCACGUCCAAGCACCACUGCCGUUGGAAUGAGUCCAUUGGCUAGAGCCGAAUCCUAUGAUGAUGACUCUUCGAAUGAGUCACUCGAUUCGGGAAGUAAUAAUUUAGCGAGCAAAAAUUACAGUGGUGCUCCAUCAGGGACAAGUAGUACAAACAAUAGCAGCAAACACAUUAGGCCUAAGCACAUUGACACAUCAUCUUUUGGAAAUGUGAUAGCUGGGGGUCGAGCUGGAACAUCAUUUUCAGGCUUUAAAACCCAAAACAAUCGAUCAUCAUCAAAUAGUUCGUGUCAAUCGAGACAUGCCAUAUCACCGCUGUGCUGCGAAGGAUCUGUUCCAACUCUGCAAUCACCUAAAAAUGCCGUCGCUCCCAGUGACAUUAUAUUUGAAAGACCACCAGCUUCUGGUCAAACAACAAUGAUGAGCUAUUCGAGUAAUAAUGAUUAUUCAAAUAAUGUUGCACACGUCAAAAAUGCCUUAAUGCCCGAAAUGACACGUAGCCCCAAUUCGCAUGUAAAUCCAGUUCCAUUAAAUUUGAAUUUAAAUUUGGAACGAAUAGAUGCAAGGAUUAGAGAACGAUCAGUAGCUUGUUCGAAGAAGAAAGAUCUUCUAUUUAUUGAUGAGGAUUCACAAUCGCCUGUAGCGCCAAGUGCACCAUCAUCAAUGGCAACGGAAUUACGCAUGAAAAGGACUCCUACGGUUAUAUCUAUUGCACCGGAGUUACCCGAUUCGAUAACCAGGAGUUGCAGUGUUGGUUAUUUAGAUUCUGUAGAAAUAAUUCCAUCGGAUGAGGCAUUAUCAGCUUUGCGCAAAGAAGCACCCAACAAACGUUUAAUUUUAGUUGACAGCAAGAAAACCACUCGCAGACGGAAGAACAAUAAUGGAUAUUUUCGAAAACCAAAACUUAACCAAUGUGGCAAAUCAAAGAGCUUAGAUUCGUGCAUCAUUCUGCCAUCACCAAAUAAUGAGAAAAGCAACACAAGAAAUGACAAAACUUUGCCCAAAUUCAAAGGCAUUUCCGAAGGUCAUCCUCUUGAUUUGAAUAGUGAGGAGAGUGAUAAAGGACUUAAAUUCAAAGUUGUGGAAAACUGUCUCGAGGACAUCUACAGUGAUAGUAUGCUUGAAGAAGAAGAUGAAUGUGUUGCGAAGGCAAUAACACCUCAAAAAAAUAUUAAUAACCCCAAAGCAAAUCGCCAGCUUUUUGACGCUUUUUGUCAGCAACAACAAAAACAACAAAACCGUAACGGUGAUUCAAUCAAAAAGAAGACUGAAGUAUUAACCAGCUUUACCGAUAGUCCGCUCUUUACGAGAAAACAUCGCUUUGGCAAUAGAUUCCAUAGAAAUUCGAAAGAAAAUGAAACUGAUUCGCCAUCGUUACGACGUAAAGCUGAUAAUGGUUUUAACUUUGUUAAACAAUUAUCAGAGGUACGCUGGAAGCGAAAAGACACACACGCUAACGCUAGUAGCCAGGCGGAAAGUACAUCGGGUAGUAAUAAUAAUAAUAAUAAUAAUAAUAAUCAAGUUGAAGCUACCCCAGUUGAGUCGAAAACGUCGGUUUCGUUACACACACAGGCUUUGACAACACUUGAGAACAUUAUAAGCCGACUUCGAGACUUGGAUGAGGGUAGGCUAACACCACCAUCUUCACCCCAACGCUUGCCUAGGAGUUCGCCAGCAUCACCGGCAGUUAGUAAAAAGGCUAAACGGUACCAGAGUUCUUCGCCAAUUAGAAAUAUUCUUAAUUCGCCACUGCUUAAUAGGCGCCAGCGGAAGAAACAGAUUAUAGAAAGCUCAGACGAUGAAAGUAACUUUACCAAUGCUUCGGGCGAGGAGAGCGUUACUUACAAUAAACAAUAUCGAGACCUGGAAACAUUUCAAAAAGCACAAUUGCGACAAAAGGAUCUUCUAUUGCAGUUGAAACGAGGGAAAAUUGAACCGAAUGGUAGUUCGGCUUGCUUUAGUCCAGCUCCGUUGCGACGUGAGUUUGUUAUGCACAAUAAAGCGCCAAUGUGGAAUGAAAUGAGUCAAGUAUAUCAGUUGGACUUUGGAGGACGUGUAACGCAGGAGUCUGCGAAAAACUUUCAAAUAGAAUUUCGAGGAAAACAAGUUAUGCAAUUUGGUCGGAUAGAUGGAAAUGCGUACACUCUAGAUUUCCAAUAUCCAUUUUCUGCUGUCCAAGCUUUUGCUGUCGCUUUAGCAAAUGUAACACAACGUUUGAAGUAAAAACCAUUAAACAAAAAAAUAGUCUAAUGAAAUAGUUAUUUAUGUUCUUUUUUUUUGUUUCUUAGAAUAAGUUAACAUCUAAUAAAAACAAAAAAAAAAAAAACAAACAUUUUUAAUUUUUAUCUACAUAUAUAAAUGCCCGUCCAUUCACAAACUUAUCUUUAAUAUUAAAAAAAAAUAAAAAACAAAAUACAUUUAAUAUCGAUAUAAUUAUAAAUAAUUUUUUUAUUAAUAUUUAUCGGGACAGGGUGAAUAUA